GGAAGGUGGACACAGAAAGGGCUGAACCAGCAGGAACAGAGUCAAAGCAAAUGGCAGCUACUCAGAAACAUAACCUCUUCACUCCAGAACCCCACUACAUCCCUGGUUAUGCUGGAUUCUAUCCUCAACUGCGCUACCAGGUGGGAAACACCUAUGGCCGCACCACUGCACAGUUGCUCACAGAUCCCAGCGUACAGAAGAGCCCCUGCUCUGUUCUGUCACCUAUAUCCAAGCCCAAGUUCAUUGAGGACUUUAGCAAACCCAAGCCACCAUGGAUUCCCUGCAGGGACCUGACAGAGCCUUACAUUCCCCACUAUACCAGUCUGAAACCCUACAAGAAUUUUGAGAUCCUGGGCCGGCUCCCACGCCAGGAGGUGGACACCCAGGGGCCACCACAGGUAGAGAACAUAUCCAGACAGGGACCACUGCCUGCAGGCUUCAUGCCUUAUCCCCCUUACCCACCAUGCCCUCCAGGCAGAAAGGGGGAAGCUAGAGACCUGGGCCAUCCAGGUCUACUGCUGGCAUAUGGGGAAGAGGCUUGGAAGAAUGCAGCACCUCUUCAGGAGAACCCAGGGAGUUACCACCAGCUAUACCACUGCAGGAGGGAUGAGUACCUACCUCCACAUGCCCCACAGGAGACACUAGAUGUGGGCAGAUUCCAGCGACUGCCCCAGCUAGACCACCCCAACCUAAUCCAACGCAAGGCCAUCUCAGGUUAUGCUGGCUUUGUCCCCCGGUUUGCCUGGGUAAUGGGGAUGAAUUACCGUGAUGGCGUCACACAAGCUAUGGAUGACUUUGACAAGAACCAGUUCCUGUUCAGACACCCAGUCUGUGCACUGGGUGAAAGGCUGCCUAAGACCCACUGGCCAAACACCACCAUUUACAGAAGCCAAGGCCUGAUUCCUUUCUACAUGGGCUUCAUCCCAUCCAUGCAGGACAACUAUGCACUGACAUUCGGGAACAGCACCCGAAAAGCCUAUCAGAAGGAACUGGAGAGGCGAAGCCACACACUAUGAAUUGCUUUAAUGGUGGUAUCUGUACAAGUGAUGUCAGGACACAGGACAGCAAAUGCACAGUGGACAUGGCUAGCAGACAGGCUGUGAAUGAAUAAAGAGUUCACACUGC